CUUGUUGGAAACCAUUUGUAUCUUUGUUGUCACACCAAUGUGGAAAAAAGGUUAAAUCUUUGUUGCAGUCUUACUUGGACAGCUAAGCUUUCUCCUGUUUAAACUGUUGCUAAGCUUUUUGACUCAGGAUUUUCAUUCAUCUAUUUACAAGGUCUGCCUCUUGGUGAAAUCAGAUUUUUAUUUCCCACCAUCCCUUUCUCUGCAGACUUUCCACGAUCAUCUGAAAAUACAAAAGGGCAAUAGCAACAAUAAGAAAUUCCUAAUAUUUGGCAUCCCAGUAGCAAUGUCUACAGCAGGGGUAGGCAACCCUGGGCACGGGUGUCAGAGUGUGGCACAUGAAGGCACUUUGCUUGGCAUGUGCACCUUGGGGGUGGACGCCAGGGAAGAGGCCAGGGCUGCGCUGCCACAACAAGGAUUGGGCCCCUCACAGCUCCCCUGCCAUCCACUCCUGGCACACCAACUUCUUACAAGCCGAGCUUGCAGGUGUUUUUGCACUCUAUCCUAAAAUGUUGCUGACCCCUGGCCUACAGGUUUGUCCUACCUCUAGAACAGGGCUGGUAAACUCAUUUGCCACCCUAUAGGCUGGAUGAGUGGUUUUGGGUUGGUCUGGUCCACAGACUGGUCCUGCAAUCCAGAUCCAUCAUGUGUCCCAGAGUGGCCAGAGGGGGUAUUGGCAUGCAGUGUACCUGGAGUAGGUGCCACAUGCGGUGGUGGAUCCAGCAUGGAGCCACUGCUGCAUGUGGCACACACAGCCAUCCAGCACACCCUGCAUGCUGCAUCUGUGGGCUUACUCGAGACCUUCAGGCACCACUGAGGGACAGUUUAUAGGGCUUCAUUGCCUGGUCCAGCCUGCAGGCCAUAUCUUUGACGUCCCUACGCUAGAAGGUAUCUGGCUUGCUUUCUUCAUUUGUUAACUUACUGCUUUGCAUUCCAGGAAUCUUAGCUUUUAAUUUAUUAUGAUGAAAGAGCUAAAGCAGAGCAAGACAUUAUAAAGCAGCAAGAAAAUGAGGUUUUACUGCAAGCAAAUGAGGUAAUGAUGACAAACCCUGUUUAUCACAACCCCCUGACUAACAAUCCCAAAAGCAGAAACUGACUUUUUUGGGUUUUUAAUUAUGGUGCAGCAGAUUUAACUAAUCCUAUUUUAGCAAACACCUUCUUUUAAAGAAGUUUUCUCUCAGUCCAACAGGGUUUGUUGUAAUGAGCUUGUACUGAACACCAGGGCAGAUUUAAACUUGGGGGGAGAGGCUGCAUCAAUUUUGCAAAAUUUCUGCAGGCCCACAUUUGAGAAACUCCAUAUUACAACUUCUUCUAAACAGGCAUUGUUCCUAUGAGGAUAAUUCAGGUUGUAUCAGCCAGCCAGUGAGUUGUUAUGCUCUGAAACCAAAAACAUUUUCUUGUGCUUUAUCCUCUUAGUAUGUGGUUACCCCUUUCAUGCUGGAGAUCAUUAUAGCUUUAUUCAUACCUUGUUAUGCCAUACAUUACUCCACUAUUGCUUCAGGCAAACAAAAGCCAGUCUGACCCAACUUAAUUGCUUGUGUCCUGCAAGCCACAUUUUCCAAUAACUCAAGGAUUAUGGUUGAUAAUAUUUGCUUCCUGAACACUUCUGUCUGCUCACAGUUUUAUUUUUAACAUGGUUUAAAGAGGCACUGUUGAGCACGUGGUCUUUUUUUCCAGAAGAAGUAUUGGAGAUGGGCAUGCAUAACCUGGUGAAUCACUUUUUUUUUUACCACUAGAAUUGCUUUAAAGCAAUUGCUUGUCAUGGCUUUCUGCAGGUUGUUUCCUACUGUAGCAGGUUAGAUGCCUGAGGACCAUUAUCAUGCCCCCUACAGGUCCCCUAACUCCUAACAGAUUAUCUCUCUACACUCUUUUAAGGUCUCACCUUGCGUUCUUUCCUGCCACGUCUUGAUGGAAACUUUAUGAAAGGGAGGCUGCCCUCAGAGACUGGCAAACUUAAGGUGCUCUCUCUCUUAUCCAGUGAUUGAUUCUCUCAACUUUGCUUGCCUUUAAGAGCUUAUUGCAUUGCUCCGUCCGUCCCUAUACCACACCCCUUGCCUCACAGGUGUUUUGAGUCAGUAAUCUGAUGUGACACUUGUCCCUAAGUCACCAGGCCACCUCAGGCCUUCAUUCCUUUAUUGAGACUUCAGGCUUCCUGGUUGGUACCUUAGCCAAGGCCCUUUGUUCUCAACCUGGCUUCUGGGUCCCAGCCCCAUGUUCUGCCUCAUCAGGGUUCUGGGCCCUGUGGCCCCAACGCUCUAGGCACUCUAGCUAUGCCUUGAGCCUGCCACAACAGGACUCAAGGCAAUUGCAUGCCCCUAGGGCACUAAUGGCACCUCCAAGAAACACCCCUUACAGUCUGUCCCUGCCUGCCCCUCCUUUCCUUCAAGAGGGAUGUGGAUAACCUUGAGAGGGUUCAGAGGAGGGCCACUCGCAUGGUUAGGGGCCUGCAGGCAAAACCCUACAAGGAGAGAGCGACGGCCUUGGAUCUCGGGGCCUAUGCAAGAGAAGGCUGAGAGGUGAUCUUGUGGCUGCCUGCAAAUCCAGCGGGGGGGUGGCGGAUGGACAGCAAGGAAUAGGAGAUGCCCUGUUUACCAGGGCACCCCUUGGAGUAACUAGGAACAACAGCCACAAACUGACAGAGCAGAUUCAGGUUAGACAUCAGGAAGAACUUAUGGCAAGGGUUGCCAGAAUCUGAAAUGGGCUUCCAAGGGAGGUGGUGCUCUCCCCUGCCUUGGGGGUCUUUAAGAGGAGGCUGGACAUGCACCUGGCUGGAGUCAUCUGACCCCAGCCCUCUUUCCUGCCCUGGGCAGGAGGUUGGACUCUAUGAUCUGCUAAGGCCCCUUCUGACCCAAACAUCUAUGAAUCUAUAAACAUUCACUCCUGGCCUGAACCACCAGGCUGUCUCAUGUACCAGGCCCUACUUACUGACUGUAGGUAUCUAGGUUGCAGGUUGUCUCUCCUCAGCCAGGCAGUCUCCUUUAGCCUCCCUGUACUCAGAGCUCCUUCCCUUUAUAGCUUGCAGGGCCAGGGUGACUGCCCUGGGUUAUGCUUCACUCAAGCCCUGCCCCUUCUGAUCAUGUGCCCCCCUCUGUCCCCUCACUUUGCUGCUCCUUAACCCCUGUUCUGCUGGCUGCCUGUGCUAAGACCCUGCCCUUAAGGGGCCACACCACUUCCCUAUAACAGGGCCAGGGCUCCCUAUUGCACUUACCAUGAGUUGCAUAUAAAACUAGUCAUUGGAUCUUGGUGGGAAAUUUUUUGAACAUUGAUGGGGAAGUAUGGUCCAUGAUAUUAAUCCCUCUUGAGAGCCAUAAAACAUAUUCCGUUAUAAUCCAGGGUAUGGAAACAUUCUCAUUGACUUACCUUUUCAUAGGUCCUAAGGAGAUUUUACAGGUUCAGCUUCUGGCUGGACUCUUGCAUAGUAAGACAGUAGUCAGAGAGAGGUUUUUAGAGAGGAAGACAAACCCCGGUGAGGUUUUACACCAGUCUCUGAUGAUGGGAAGGCAUUUGAGGUUGUGAUGAUACUACAUUUUGGGCAGAAGUCCCAGCAUUGGAAUGGAUUUGCUGCUAUUGAUUUUUUUUUUCUUCCUAUAUUAAUAUAACAUUUAAUAAAUGGGAAACCAUAGAUACAUUAUGAUAUAUAAUUAAUGUGUAAGAAGUGGAUAAAAAGGAGGAAAAUCACUGUAUCUUUUUAAAUAUUUAAGUGUAGUUGAGUCACAAAAUGUGCUUCUUGACAACCUUGGACAUUGAUGUAAAUGCAAUGCAGAAACAUUUUAUAUGCUGUCUUCUAAAUCCUUGAUGCUUUGUUCCAUUUCUAAACAAGUGAGCUACCUUUUGAUAAAUAUGUGAAUCACAAGCCUGACAUGUAAGUUUGCUUUUCAGAGUGGUUAUGAUUCUAUUUUUCUUUGUGUAUUACAUCCUAGAGACCACAACCAAAAUUGGAACCCCGUUGCAUUGGACACUGAACUACACCCAUGCUGUGGGAGACAGUUCUUCACACCACAUAGUUUAGUGAAAUGGAACAAAAUGAAAAAUGGGCACAGAGAUCACGAAGCAGUUUUGUAGCACCUCAAGGAUGACCAGAAAGAUCUUCACCAACACCAGAGAGAGGUGGAGGCAGCAGAAUGUCAACAGCGCCUUCGCCAAGCUGAGGAAGCUCAUCCCCACCCACCCUCCGGACAAGAAACUCAGUAAGAAUGAGACGCUGCGCUUGGCUAUGAGGUAUAUCAACUUCCUCGUCAAGGUCCUGGGGGAGCAAGGCCUGCAGCAGACCGCAGUGACUGCUCGGGGGAGCUUGUUGGGGCUGUUCCAGCAAGCCCCUCAUUUGCAGGGCAUGGAGGAACUGACUCUGAUUGAAGACUGUGGCGUCCCUUCACCCAGCACAAGCAGCAAUAUCCCAGAGUGCUGGUCAGAGACAUCGUCUCCCUAGCAGGUUAGGACUGCUACAGUCCUGGUGUUAGUCUGAUAGUGCCCUCUGCAUAAUUUGUGGAUCAUUUCCCUGUGUACAGUAUUUAUUUGUUUAUCCCAGUGCUGGUUUUAUUCCAUAUAUUUUUAUUUGACAGGGAAGGCAGAAGAAUGAUUCCUCGGUAGGACAGUGGCUUGGAUGGCUGAGUAGGGAAUGCUCAACCCUAGGAUCUCACAAUGGUCCUUUGUUGUGAUUUCACAGAUUUCGAGGCUGGUGUGAUCAGAUCUCCUGUAUAACAUAGGUCAUAACAUUUCCCUUGUUGAUUUUUGCAGUGGAAGGGAUUGUUCUUCCCUGCAACGUGAGGAAAUGUUCUGGAGGGCAAUAGUUCCUUGCUGCACUAGAGUACUUCAGUUAGAGAGAUGUCCAGUCUUGACCAGAAGGAUCCAAGGGGCAGAUAGAUAAUAUACCUCCUCUCUCUCAGCCCACAGUUCUCAUGGUUUUUAUCUUCCUUGUUAAGAAUUUACAUCUUAUUUCUGACUUGAGUUUUUCCAACUUGCAACUAACACCAUUGAGAUUUGCUUUGUUUACUAAACCAAAAGGCUUCCUGACAUACAAAGAAACACAACCGAGUAACAUAAAACAGCCCAAACUCACUAAGGAUUUAAAGUGAAAACACCAGCCCUGAAUGAAAGGGGGAACAUUCACAGUUAAGUUUCAGCAGGCAUUGUGGUGAAAGAGGCCCGGGCAAAUCCACAUGCAGCAGUGGAAGCCAGAGGCAGGAGAAAGGUGCUAAAGGAACCAUCAUUAUUCUGAUCCCCUUCAGCACCCGUAGGCCCCAUCUGUGCCUCAGUGCAGAGGUUUAGGCAGCACUGCCAUGGAAAUGUGCCCAACCUAUUCCUCCCUCCGUGUACUUUGGAUGCAGAAAAAAUAUCACGUGACCACUUUUUGGCAUGUACCCAGGACCUACCCAGCACCACUGUCUUGGCUAUACUCAUAAGAACUGUGCUGGGCACUCCAGUGGCAUCUAGGUGAACUUUUUCUGGCCCGUGGUUCAUGCAAAGUGGGAGUGAGUGGGCAGGGUGUGUGGUCGGACCCCCCUAACUCCAUUUGACCUGGUGUACACAUGCCCAUUGUAACACGUCUGUGCCCCAGGGGUGGCUGUGAUGCCACCUGGUAGCCAUACGGUUCCUACUGUGCUCUCUUUCUAAGGUACACUCCCUUUGCUUUUGCCUGCCCCAUUUUGAUAUUUUUGCAUGUAGAAAGGGAGGCUGCCAACAGAUCUUAGAGUGAGUCUUGGUCCUGCCAGCAGGUCCCCCUCUCUUGAACACUGCUGAUCCCAAAAAAUCCUUCUUGUUAGGUGGGCCCUCUGGGCCCUAGGGCACCCAAUGCCUUAUGGGCUAUUCAUGACCUCUAACCUUCCCUACAUCUAUGCCCAAUCCUUGCAGAUUUUAUUCAAUACCGUUCUGUCCCUUGUAGAGGCCUCAGCCUCCCUUUUCUCUGGCUGCAAGCCUUCAGCCCUGGCCCAAUGACCUGGGUCUGGCCCUCUUGGUUUCAGCCCUACCAGUCACCAGUAUCUCUGGGCUGUUGACCCUUGUACCUCUCUCUCUGGGCCCAUGGCCUCUAUCUCAUUCUCUGGACCCCUGGCCCUGGUUCUCAUUCCCUGGACCCCUGGCCCUACUUUCUGCCCCUCUCAGGGUCCCUAACCCUGGUUCACUCUGCUUGGUCACUGGGCCCCUAGCCCUGUCUCCACUACUUUACCCAUGUGAGCCCCAUCCCUGCUGGGCUCCAUGCUGUCAUGUGCCCUUCAGGCACAAUUGGGAACUCUACCUCCCUAACAGUCCCAAACCCAAACCACUGGUACAAAUUCAAAUGCAAAACAUAAGCCCUCUGACUAUAACUAAACUUUAGCACCCAGCUGUAUACCAAACUCCUACCCAGCGUUGGGUCCUAACCCCUUGCUAGCCUCAGCCCUUUUACUUGCUGUCUCUAGGCAUAGCAGGAUCUCAGUCAAUCUCCCAGCAACAAGUGUUUCAUUGCAGAGCUUUUCCUUCUUUGCCCACCAGGGCCAGGACUGACUGCCCUAACUCUGGCCCUGGGGUGUUAUCCCUCCUAGGCCCUGCCCUCUGGCCAGGUGGUUUCCCCCAGCUACCUACAGAUGUUUCCCAAUUAGACUUUUUGACUGGUAUCCAAGGCAGCCUGCUGCUACUGGUCUAGCCACUGCAGCAGUACCUUGUCUACUAUGCAGUGUUCUGCCUUACAGUACCACAACUGAGCAGCUAGCUCUGCAAUAAGCACUCUAUUGCCCAUGCAGGCUCUGCCUUAUCGUACUGCUGCAGACGCUCCCUCUGUAAUAGGCACUCCCAGCCUAUAAAUCCCCAGGGACCUGUUCUCCUGCAGCCUAUAAUGAGCAGCCUUCUCCACCUAUUAAAGCCAACCUAUUAAAUAGGUACUUUGCAUCGGUCUUUCUUCAGCCCCAUGGGACGCCCAUGCCCGCUACUGGGCCGGGAAGUCUGGGUGAGGGUGAUCCCCUGCCCUCCAUUAAUGCUGACUUCGUGAAGGAACAUCUUGAGAAGCUGGAUACCUUCAAGUCAGCUGGCCCUGACAAUCUUCACCCCAGGGUACUCAAGCAGCUGGCGAGCAUCAUAGCCCAGCCUCUAGCGUGGAUCUUUGAAAACUCUUGGCGCUCUGGUGUAGUGCCCGAAGACUGGAAGAAGGCCAAUGUGGUGCCUAUCUUCAAGAAAGGGAGGAAAGUGGAUCCGGCUAACUAUAGGCCCAUCAGCCUGACUUCUAUCCCGGGGAAGAUC